CGGAGGAGGCCCCUCGCCGCUCCGUCCAGCGCCGCUCACGUCGGCACCUUCUUCGUCGUCGUCCUCUUCGUCGUCCGCCGACUCGCACGUCAAGCGUCCCAUGAACGCCUUCAUGGUGUGGUCGCGUGCCCAGCGACGCAAGAUCGCGCUGGAGAACCCCAAGAUGCACAACUCUGAGAUCUCCAAGCGGCUGGGCACCGAGUGGAAGCACCUGUCCGAGUCCGACAAGCGGCCCUUCAUUGAGGAGGCCAAGCGACUCAGGGCACUGCACAUGAAGGAGCACCCGGACUAUAAGUACAAGCCGCGCCGGAAGCCUAAGAGCAUGCUGAAGAAGGACGCACACCACCACCGUUUUCCCUUUGCCCUGCCGUACAUCCCGGGUCCAGGAGACUACCUCGGCCUGGCCGCGGGCCUGCCGCGCUCUCUCUUCUCACCGCAUCCGCGGAUCGCCAUUCCGUUUCCGCAGCAUCCGGCCGCCAUGGCCUCGCUGCAGCAGCAUCAGCAGCCGUCGCCAGCUCCGUCACCGUCGCAGGCGCGGUCCACCUCUCCGAGGUCCUGCCACACGGAAGAGAACAACAACCGGCCGUCAUCGUGCGAUGAUGUCGUCAUCGGCUCCGGUGGCCGCAAGCUGAGUUCUCCGUCCUCGCUGUUGGCGACCGCCUCCUCGUCGUCGCCCCCCGCAUCUUCGGCGUCUACAACCCCGACGUCGGACCCCGCGGCGCCCCCCGCGUUCAAGGCGUUCCUGCCGCCCUCGUACGCGUCGCCGUACGUCCCAACGACGUCGUCAGCCGCCGUAGCCGCUGCCGCAGCGUCGUUCUACUCGGCAGCUGGACUGUCAUACCUGAUGCCGUGCGGCUGCGGCUCGCCGUACGCCGGAGGCGCGGCCGACCCCAACUGUCGGCAACACCUGGGGCCCGCGCCGCCAGUUCCGCCCGUGUCGACGUCGUCUUCGCUGUUCGCGUUCAAUCCGUUCCUCAAGUCGGUCGAGUCCGGUCUGCCUCCGGGCUACGCGGGACACGCGGCCAUGGCUGCGGCGGCUGCCGCCGCGGCUGCAGCGGGCUCCCUGCUCGACGAUCCGCAGUCCAUGUCUCCGUCGGCGGCCGCCCACCUGCUCGGCCUCUACUCGUCACUGGCCAGGCCCAAACCGCACGACGCCCGGCUUGAGGCCUAGCGGUUGCCACACAGCGACCGCGCUGCCUGCAAGUCAGCGCUGAAACAGCAGCGGCAUCGUCACGGCGACAGAGUCCCGGAUGUGCCACAGCCACGCGACGGACACGGUGAAAAAGAGACAGUGAACACGUGCACAUAGUGCUUCACAUAAGUGUGCGACAUGGUGGUGCGCGCGUUUUGUUUUACGUUAUCGUUCACAUUCCACCUUCGAGACGCGAAAUCCGCGACGAGGCUUGGAUCAAGGGAGCGCUGAGUACCGACGCACUGAGUCAAGUCAAAGCCGUGUUUUAGGGUCGGCAAGCCUGUACAGAACUUCUUAGGAUAGGGGGUAUAGGGAGCGGUGUGGCCCGUAUGCGAUCAUGCGCGCAUGCAUCGUGUUUUGCCAGGGCAGUGUUUCACGCAAUGAAUUGUUUCAGCUCCGCCUGGAAGCAGCGGCUAAUUUAAGAUCACUGUCACGCGUACGGAACAAUGAGAUGAGCCGGUUUUUCGAGAUACUUGAAACUCGUGCCGUCUGCAUAAACCGAGGCGAUGUGCUUGACAGUGGCCAGUGGUGGCUCAAGCCGAGAAAAAAAAAGCAAGAAAGAAAAAGUACAUGUCUCUAUUACUUAGUGUCCUCCUAACUUUUUUUUUUCUUCUUUUUGGCAAAGACGGCGAAAUGCGAUUCAAUACGUGGAAGUUUGUCAGUGCUCAUUGUGCUGUAGCGUCUCGCCCGAUUUACUGUCCGGCAAUGCAGAGGUUCUACAUUGGGAAUUGGGAAUUUUCGUUCGAUAUAUAUGAUAGAGAAACUUCAAAGGAAAUGCGUUCGGAUGCGUGUCGUGGACAACGCUAAAGUGUGUUGCGGUUCAGUUUUGCUGUGUAAACACGAGUGCGCGAAUGUUACAUGUGUUCAUUUCAUUUAAUAUUUAUUUGUCGAACAUCGUAUUGCUCUUAUCAUUGAGCAUUCCCGAGAGGUAAUCAUUCUUGACUCACGGGCUCGUUGCAGUCAUUCUCCAGCGCACAAGUUUUACGUGUGCACAGAGCCAACGUUGCAUCCGCAUGCCAACAUCAAAACGUUUCAAGCCAGAAGUGUAGCGUGGUCGGGAUUAUUAAGCCACACAGCGCGCCUUCGAGUCGGAGGCCACCUUUCUAGUCAGCACUUAGCGGCACUCAAUCAAAGCCCACCUGUAGGGUUUGGAAAUGUGUGUUUGUUUUUUAGUUAUCAUAAUCUUUUGCUCGCCUCACGUAUACACCGGCUUUCAUGUCAGUGCGUGUGGAUGCAAUUAAAGAAGAUUGGGAGAAGUCAAGUUUAGUGUCGUGGAAGAGAGCACACGACUUACGCUAACGCAAGCUUGACAGAAUUCAAAACGCCACCGCGCCUACAUUCGGUUUUGCGGAGUAAGCGAUGCCCAUCUGCGAACUGUAAAGGCGCGCCUAAUGUUACAAUAGGCUAUGCACGACAGCCGAGCAGCGGCAAAGGACAAUCGGAACAUAGCGAGACUUGUUCCCACACAAGUGAGCGGCAAUGUCGCGGUAAAUUCUUUCAAAAAGUGUGUGACUCAAACCGCUGGCUAUGGCACAAAGCCUAUCGCAAUAGUGCAUAUAGUAUAGUGAGCGUUUCUUUAUCUCUUCAACAUAGGUGUCAAUUUCACACAUUGGGCGGUAUGAUCUGCCUGGCACUUUUUACAAUAGCACACGUGUGAUGUCGCAAAAGAAAAAAAAACACUUAGCGAGUAGCUUUAACGAGAGCUUUUCGCAUGAUUUAUUGAGCAGAUGCAAAAAGGCUUGCAGACCGCUGACAUUGCGCCAGCUUUAUCUCGUGUAGCGCACAAUGCCGUUAACCACUCAAAAACUGUCGAUUGUUAGAUCAAUCGCAGUUUAUUGAAAGCGCUUACGUUGAAACCUGGAACUCCGAGCCAUGACUUUAAGUGGAGGGAAGCGAGUGAUAUGGUCAUAACAUAUCCUUUCAGAUAUUUCUAGUAACUCUGAAAAAAAGAAACUAGCAUACUGUGAAUGUGGAUUGUUUAACUCCUGUGAAAAAAGCGAUGGAGCCGCUCACCACAUUUACAAGAUUGCUGUGUACGACGCAAUAAAUAAUGGGCUGAAUGACCGCUCGUGCGGAAGUUUAGUGUUGCCCGUACAGACGUCUAAAUUGUACACACUACCGCAAGGGAACGUGUCGCGAUUUCCUUUGUUAAGAUCAGAACGCCAAUUACUCAUUCCUUGAGAGUAACUACUGUCGGUUGUGCACACAACUGCAAUAAUUAACCUCCUUUGGACCAGAAAUGUACGUGGACCCUUAUAAUAACUUACAACUGUGCUGCUAUAUUAUUUUAUUAGCACAGGGCAAUGCUAAAAUAUAUAAAUUGCCCGGUAAUGCUCAAAUACAGUUCCACAUCGAGGAAAAUUGGAAGAUUUUGUUCCCGUUUAUUUCUAUAGCCACGGAGAAUACUUUUGUAUACAUAUAUAAAAAAGAAUCAAAUGGUAUUUUAAUUAAUUCUUAUUUAGUAUAAUAAUGAUCUAAUUAGCAAUUCGUUUGCUAAGCUAUCUACAACUGAAAGCCCUCUCAGGAGUAUCAAGGGUUUCUCCGUCUGCCUUGUAAGUGGGUAAUAUAACCUAAAAGUGAACAUCUUUUUUGUUACGUAGGCCGGUUUGUGCUGUGUUUUUACGCUGUACCUUUCUAUCAAGCUUGCGUCAGCUUGUGAAAGUCACCUCAACGAGUAGUCAAGCGAAAUGAAUCGAAUGUCGGCGUGUGAUCGGCUCACGUUUUUGCUGUGAUUGUAUCACCACAUUGCUUGCCAAAGGCACAAAACGUGCCAUUCAUUCCAAUGGUGAACAGUUCGCUUUCAUUUUCGCGUUAGAAGUUGUUUCCUCGUUGUGCAAGCACGUGCAUUUAAGUCAUUAUUUCGUGGGAAAUCCGUCACAUUUAUUUCAAUAAAGAGAAGAAUAAAGAAAAAAAAGGCAAAUAGUUUGAGAAGUUGCCUUUGUUGUAUAGUUCUUUUAGUGCAUCUGUUGAAAUCUCUCACGUGUGUUAUUAUUAUUUUUUUUUAAUUUCUUUCUUCAUAAUGCAUAGUUCUGAAUAAAUGGUUUUACCAACUGCUUUUCACAUGCUGAA